AUGUCGGUGAACGAGAACCGCUAUACUCAAAACACCACGAACCCCCGAGCUACAAGCUCUCCUACCUUAGACCACGAAGCGCUUGACCAACGAUUGAAGCGCCUUUCCGAAGAAGUCCUUCCGUCCGUACCUUACCUUCUCACUCUUCCUACCAAUUCGCCUUUUCGACAGGGGAACCGGUGCGAGAACCAUUGGGCGGUAGGGCAUGACAGACCGUUCCGUCAUCAAGAGCAAGAACUUCAGUAUAUGACCUUCCUGGCACAUCACAAUACGGAUUCGCUACUUGUCGCUGUUGGGGAUUGGUCAGAUGAGACGGGGCGCAUGAUGGACGAUCGACCAACGGCCCCAAGCACCACAGAAAAUCCAAGGGAAUCAGUGGUCAGGAAGAAGAUCAGUCUCAAGGAUUACAAGAAUCAGAAGAAUAACGGUCCCAUCGCAUCUCCUCUGGGCCCCGAACCAAGUAGCCGCAGUACAUCAGACUUGCCCCAAUCCGAAGAAAAACGACAGACAACAGGUUCGGAACCACCCAAGAACCCUGAUAGGGCAGAGGCACCACAAAUGCCACUAAGGUCUGACACGCGCCUUUCUCCUGAAAGGCUGGGCCAGAAACGGCCAUCUGGCUCGGACCAUGAGCUCCUCAAUCCUCGAGGGACCAAAGAUCCUGCAACCCAUUCUCCCAAAAAGCCGCGUCUAUCUCCUGGUAAAGAAACGCGCCGAGACCCCAGCCCUUCGAAAUCGCACUCUCCCAAGCUCCCCGCGCUUCUCUCGCCCACCCUCCCACCAACCUCAAGUGGCCCCAAGCUUCCACGUUUGUUGUCUCCUACACUGCCGCCAGACAUUGAAAAAGAACUGGCCCGCCUCGAGGAUCCUUCACCACAACACAAUAGCCGACCAGGUGCGGCAGAACAGGUAUUACCUGUGAAAGAUUCAAAUAUCCAUGAUCAUCCAAAGGACAAUGCUCGGCCUAGCGCACCCAAGACACAACUCAUUGCCAAACUGAGAUACGGGAGAGCGAAUAGGAAACGGGUUGAGGCUUUGCUCAAAUUUUCUGGUAAAAUGAAAACGCAUCGGUCAGAUUCGCCAGUCAGCCAGGAUACCGAUCGCGACGACACCUCCAAUUCCAGGAAGAAGGGAGGGGAAACGAGUUUAUUCCGCGGGAAUGUUCUGUCUGGGGGUUUGAAAAAUAAGACCAAGCACGAGACCGACGAAGCCCUUGGUCCUCAUGAUAGUCGCUCAAGGGAGCCGAAAGGUCUCACGGAAAAAGCCCGAACUCCCGUCUCACAGCCAUCUGUGGCUUCCCAUGCACACGAAAAAAAUAAACCCGCUGCAACCACGCCGAGAGACCGCAAGACGUCUGCCUCACGCCAGAUUGACCUCGGAGAGAGUGAUGGCAAAACACCCUCUCAUCCUGCUAACAAACGACAUUCCGUUGACACUGGGAUAGUUGCGAAAGCAUUUCCAUCUCAGUCUGAUAAUCGAUCGCGUGAGCGCCGAGCCUGGCGGGAUGAGUGGCAAAAGUUUUCAACCAUCGGCCGUGAGUUGAAACAUGCCGCGGACCGACACAACGCCAAAAAUGGAGCCUCUUCGGUGGAUGAGAAGCUCGCUGCUGUGACUGCCAUUGAGGCAUUGCUGUCCUUCAUUCUAGCCUUUGUGGCGGACGAUCAGUCCAAAGCUGUAUCACGCCAAGUUGGAGACUCCUCGACAUGGCUGUCUAUCGUGCCAUACUGGAAGGUGGUAAAGAAGCUGACUGCGCCCUAUCCGGCGCUAUCAAAUCUUUGCUUACUGCUUGGUGCCGUCUCAUUUAAUGCUAUCCACGCACUUGAUCUUGAACGUCUCGCCAUAAGCCCAAUUCCUGGGGACCAUACUCCAGUGCCCACACCUGGAAGUGACGGCAACGCGGUUUUGUCGGACGAAAACAGAAAAGCCAGGAAAGAGUUCUUGGAUCUGAAGAACCGUCUUCCUGAGUGCUACAAAGAGUCUCAAAGAUUGUGGCUGGAAGGCACACGUGGCCUCUCUGAAGAUAUCCUUGCCCGUGAGUUUCCUACGAGCUGGUCUCAACGAUCUCGAAAUUACUCAGAGCGAGGUCGAGCAUCACUCAAAGCUGGCGAUUAUUCCGGGAGCUAUUUCCUGCCACUAGGUGGUACGACUCCCCCCAUCGAAGUGGUUCGUUUUGGGGGGUCCCUACUCAAAGAAUGGUGCUCGAAGGAACGGGUGGAUUGGAAUGGGCGUCUCGGUCUCUAA